CACCGUUAGUCGAUAGGAUUGUUGUUGACAAGAUGGAGUUCUUGCUGGGAAAUCCAUACGGCACUCCGGUGGGACAGUGCAUUGAAAAAGCUACAGAUGGCUCCUUACAGAGUGAAGACUGGACAUUAAAUAUGGAAAUAUGUGACAUCAUCAAUGAAACAGAAGAUGGACCUAAGGAUGCCAUAAGGGCUGUCAAAAAGAGACUUAAUGGAAAUAAGAAUUAUAGGGAAGUGAUGCUGACCUUGACUGUUCUUGAGACAUGUGUGAAGAACUGUGGUUAUCGUUUCCAUGCUCUUGUUACAACCCGUGACUUUAUUGAUGGAGUUCUGGUUAAAAUUAUUUCUCCUAAAAACAACCCCCCAGCCAUCGUACAGGAUAAAGUGCUUGCCCUUAUACAGGCCUGGGCAGAUGCUUUUAGAAGUAGUCCGGAUUUAACAGGUGUGGUCCAUGUCUAUGAGGAAAUGAAGAGAAAGGGCAUAGAGUUCCCAAGGUCAGACCUGGAGACCUUAUCACCCAUCCAUACACCACAGCGGUUGCAGAGUACCUCAGAGGGGGAUCCAAAACCCAGUGCUCCAGCUCAGCCAAAACCUGUCCAUGCAUACCCUGCUCCUCCUGUCCACACCUCACCUCAGGUUCCCAGCAUGCACAUGUCUGGACCUAUCAACCCAACCCCAGAACAGAUUUCUCGGCUGCGCAGUGAGCUGGAUAUUGUGCGUGGGAACACCAAGGUGAUGUCUGAGAUGUUAACAGAAAUGGUGCCUGGCCAAGAGGAUCCAUCUGAUCAUGAGCUUCUGCAGGAGCUGAACAGGACCUGCCGGGCCAUGCAGCAGAGAAUAGUAGAGCUCAUCUCCCGUGUGUCCAACGAGGAGGUCACAGAGGAACUGCUUCAUGUCAAUGACGACCUCAACAACAUCUUUUUACGAUAUGAGAGAUAUGAAAGGUUCCGGUCUGGUCGAUCUGUUCAUGGUGUCAAUAACGGGGUCCUAAGUGAAGCCACAGACGACAACCUGAUUGACCUUGGGCCAGGUUCUCCUGCAGUAAUGAGUCCCAGGAUUAGUGGCACUCCUCCUUCCAGCCUGCCGGCCUCAGUAGCCCCUGCUCGCUCUGCAUCACCUGCCACACUUUCCUCUCGACUGGCAGGCCUGGAUGUAGGAGCCGACAGUGUCAGUGGAACACUGAGUUCUCUAACUCGUUGUCAGCCACUAUCAGAUGACUUUGACAUGUUUGCCCAGACCAGGAGUGGCACGAUGGCUGAUCAGAGGAAGAAUCCACCUUUUGAAGACACACAGGCUGCAACUGGAGCACCUCCUACUCUUGAGCUGAGACAACAGAACUCAGCAGGGUUCGCUCUUGACCAGUCCUCUGUCAUGGAUGACAUUGAGGAAUGGCUCUGUACUGAUGUGAAAGGAGAUGAAGGUGAAGAAGGCGUGACAAGUGAAGAGUUUGAUAAGUUUUUGGAGGAGAGGGCUAAAGCUGCAGAAAUGGUCCCCACACUUCCAAUGGCACCCAUUGCAGAUCCAACCAGUGCAACUAGCUCGGCUGUAAAUGCUGGGAAAAAGCCAGAUCGAUCUGAAGACUCUCUGUUUGUCUUGUAGAAAGAUUGUGAACAGUUGGGUGUGUGUUCAGCCCCCUGUGUGUGGUAAGUCGUUGGUCCUGCGGACUCAGUGGCUCCCCCGUCUUUCCUCUGCUUCCCGCAUAACUACACAAUCAACACUACGGUGGCUGCCUCCUAUGCAGUUUGUUUUCGGCGACUAGUUUUUUUGAAAGGAUCCUACAUACAGACAUUUUCAUAAGCUUAAAAAAAAAUCACAAUUUAAGUCUAAGAAUGUAAAAGUUAUUUUGUUAAGCAACCACAUGUGAGGAACUAAGCAAGCUUAAAUUUUAGCAUUAUGUCGGUAAUAGAUUUUAUUUUAUUUUUUUUGGCCUACCUUAUUUAAACAGUUAUUCCACAGCAGUGUUGUGUAGCUUACUACAACUAAUGCAUCUCAGAUGGUUAGCAGGUGCUGCUAAUACAGAAAGAUGUAAUCCAAUCAUCUUUUAUUUUAGCUGUGUAUAAUGCUUGUGAUUUAAUGCACCUGAAGACCUCAGUAGCACAAACUUUAGAGUUAAAGGAAAUGAUAAGUUUUACUAAUUUCUUUCUUCCUAGAAAGGUUUCACUCUAAUAACAGUCAAGUCAGAUUUAUUUAUUAUAUUAGCUAAAAUGUCUAUUAAGGAAAAAUGAACAGAGAAGGGGGAAGUAAGACCAUUUUGUAGUAUAUGUGAUUUGCACGUACAUGAACUUCAGAGACUGGUGCAGUUGAGUUUGGUUACAUGAGCUCUGUUUUUUUGUGGACUACCUCACAAAGCUGUGAGAGGAAAAAGGGUGCAAAAGUGAUGGUUAAAGCAGAAGAUAUCUUAAGUGUAGUGAUUGAUGAAUGUUUUUGUGCUGCCUCAGGAUAAUGUGUGUCAUUAAUUUAGAUGUAAAAUGUAUUUAAGAAGUCACAAUGGGAUAGAUGCAUUCAUAUGUAUAUUUAGUAUUGUUUGCACUGAAGCAAAGAUUGAGCUUUCGUUCAAAUGCAAAUCUUAGGUGUUGAAAUGCUGCCUGUUACGCGAGUCAUAUUCCAAGUAAAUAGAGUUCAAAGCUGAUGGUGACUGCAAGGCAGGUUAAAUUGGAUUUCUUUCCCUCACACAACUACUGUAGAAGUGAUGUCAAUCUCAAUGCUGUUACUAAAAAAUAAAAUGGAUCUGCCUUAAUGAACAGAAGUCAUAUGCAGCUAACAUGUACCUACUUGGUUAAGUUUGUAAAUUCUGUAUGUUGAAUAUGCUGUUUGAUACGUUUGUGUGUUUUUGUCGGGUGUGAAUCACAGAUGUGUGCCGUUUUAUUGGACCAAACUACAUAUAUCUGCUUAUAGGUGUCCAGAAGAAUAACUUGUAUCAUGGUCUUCUUCAUGGGAAAUUAAGAGAUACCCAACUGUAUCAAAAUGUAUGAUGCUUCCCAGCAUGGCAGAACCAGAACUGCAAAUCUGUAUGCCCCUUGAGUAGAAAAUCUGUAUAGUGAUAUCAGAGAACACUAUGAGUUGUCACUCAAAAUAUGCAAAAGGGCAUCUUCUGCAAUCUCUCCCAGCUCCCCUUUAAACAAAAAAACAUGGCCAGGUGACAUGGAAAUCUUAAAUCUAGCCAUUAAUACAUUAUUAAUAUUUUGUUGGCUUUUCUCUUGUAGCUUAAAGAGCAACAAUUCAUGUAGGCAUAGUUGCUCUUAACAGAUUUUUGAGCAGCACAAAGAUGUCUUUCAGAAGGCCAAGGUCAAAACAGCUUUUCUUUAAAUUGUUUUACUAAAUUAUAUAUAUAUUCUCUUAACAGUAUUAAUAAGUAUAAAUUAACUUAAUGAUUUAUUUGUGGAACACUCAAAGGGACCAACAAUCUGGCCUCUUUAAAAAUUGUGAAUUUGGGGGAAAUUUUCCCUUUUUGGCAUGCUUAAACGUGGGUCUAUUGCAAUCUGGAAAAAAGGAAACAUACAAGUCAUAAUAAUGGCAAAGAAUUUUGUCGCAUACUGUGCAUUUAAACUUAGAGUGUCUAUUUUUUUUUUUCCCUCUCUGUGUAGGUAUUUACCUUCAGUUAACUUGAGUAUAUAUUUUUUAGACAAGCCAAAGAAAGUUUUUGUGAAACAAAGUCAAAAAUUGUUGUGCCAAGAACCCAAGCCAAGCUGGAAAAGAUGUUCCUGGAAUUAAGUUUAGAAAUGUCCCUCACAUUAUUAAAGCCUGAAUGGAUAGUGGCGGACCAUCAUCUUUAUUUUAAAAAAUGUGAUCAGAACAAACUUAUGACAAGAGAUCAUUUGAACGAUUAGAAAUCACAGCUAUAUUUUAUAGUAGCAGAAAAAUUGGACUUGAAAAGGUCUAAUGAGUCCAGACUGACCCUAUUCCAGAUUGAUGGGCGUGUCAUAGUAAGAAGGGGAGCGCAUGAAGCGAUGCAUCCAUAAUGGCAUGGUGGAUAAGCCCUUGGAAGCAGUGUUAUGAUCGGGGGUUGCUUCAGUUGGUCAGGUCUCGGCUCGGCAAUGUUAUGUGGCAAUAAAAAAAAGUCAGAUGAUGACCUGAAUGUACUGAAUGACAAUUAAUUAUUUUUUUCUUCCCUGAUGACACGGCCAUAUUCUAAAGAGUGUCUCUGGGAGCACAAGGAUUCAUUUUAACAUGUAAAAUUAAAGACAUUGCUUUCUUAAAUAAAUUCUGUUAAUUUUUUUAUUUAAAUUCCAUACAUUAUUUCGAUUUUGCUGUUGCAGCUUGGCAAAUAUGACUUGUUUCUAAAAUGUGAUUUUGUAAUAUUGUAAUUUUGUUUUUUUUUCCCCCAUCCUGAACAGAGUUCCUCCACACAGACUGUGAUCUUUACCUCAUUUUGAGUUAGGGAAAACCCUGUGCGUAUUAAUAUUGUAUUUGUUGUGUUCCGAGUGGCUAAACUAAAGAGAAGCAUUAUGCUGUCAUAAAAACUAUAAUUUAUAAAAUAACGCCCUUCUUUAGAUUCCGCUCUCUCAUAAUGGCAGGUAAAGUCUGAAGAGUCCAAUUGUUCUGGACAAACAAGUUGUUCUCCUGGACACACAAUCUGGACCUUAAAUAACAUGCUGGUUGGACAUUCAAUUAUGGUUAUAAAUGUCUAGUAAGCAAAUGGAACAGUAAUGUGAUGUUCGAGAGAAACAAACAGGAUUAACAGUGUUAAACGUGACAGCAGUGAUGAGGUCUAAUGCAACAAAAUAGUGGUUUCUGGCGUUUGUAGGAUUUUGUUAGAGAAUAUGUUUUAAAAUGUCAGGCUUGGUGAGAUUAAUGAAAAGUUAGAGGCAAAUUGUCAGUGAGAAUUCAUGGAAAGAGGGAAAUUAAUAUUCCAUGAGUAUUUAUAACUGAGUAAUGGUAAAUUUUGAAGAAUGGGAAACAACAAUUUUCCUCUGCUAUCACAAUUCAACGUUAAUAAGCAACAACUUAUUAUCAAUUAUUAUAUAAAUGACAAAUUUUAAGGUACCUACAGUAAUUUUAUGAAUAUUUAUUUUCUGAACUUAUAUAACAUCUGGCCUAUGAUGAAAUCUUUUAUUUAUAGAAACACUAAUUCAUUUUAUGAAAACAAAUAUGUGCAAUUUUUGUGUUUAGGUGUUUUUUUAGUAGAAUAACACUCAUCAGCGUCUGCACUACAUCAUUAACCGUUUGCAUUACAGUAGCCUAUUUGUGGAGAAUGUUUGGAAUAAGUGAUUUAAUUUCUUUUUUUAUUAUAUCACUAUUGGGAUGGUAAACUGAAUGCAAUGAUCAACUUCACUUUGAACUUGACUUUUUAUUUUGUUUAAAAGCUUGUGUUAAUAGAAACCUGAGUGUGUUUGUGUUUUACUUUUUGGAAGCUGGUUAGAGCCCUUUGCACCUCACAGUUCAAUGACCAUGACUAUCAGUUUAAAGAUAAUACAAAUCAUUUAUUUUACUGCAAUUAGGAAAAAAAAUGUCCAAGAGUUAAUUAAAUGACUACACAUAGUGGUCAGCACAUGCUCUUUUUUUUGUGGGAAGGCAUUUCUUUAAAAUCACUGCAUCUUCAUAGCAUUUUUAUAUAGAUAGUAGUAGUUAUUUUUGUCUGGAUAUGUAUUUGAAGUGUUAUGUGUCUGUAUGAGCAUACUCCCACUCCUGCUGCCGGAAACAUUAAUUUUAUAGGGAGAUAGGACAACUUGUAAAGAGAUUUUGAGUGUAUUGUAUUCAAGGGUGUGCAAGGCACGGCUAAACCGCACAUUGCUGUGUACUGAUGUGCUGGUCUGUGUGCUUACUUGUUGUUAUACCUCAAGUUGCACUCUGUUCUCUUUGACUCAUGCAUGUGCUAAUCUCCAAUAAAACAUACCAAGGUGGUGACCUUUCAACAAAUCUGCCUUUUUUUUUCAACCACUACGCAAUGAUGCAUCAAAUGUGUCCUUUUCUUUCUGUGCCUGUCUAGGAGAUCCGUCAGAAUUAGUGCCGACAUGUACGCUCGAGCAGCUAUUACUCUCCAGAUGCUGUCUUGAUUAUUUGCUUAAAAGAUAAAAGCCACUAAUUUGUGAGGAAUUAAGCUAAUUAAGAAUAAAGCUCUAGUGCUGUAGGCUGUUCAAAUGUACAGAGUUACAAGAAGUGCCAUGAUAAAAUCAAAGAGUUCAAGCAACAAAAAACUCCUCAAACUUAAUUACAUAAGUACUGAGGCUUUCCAAAAGUUAAGCCAUUUCCCAUAAUGAUAAAUAUUGUAUGCUUU